AUGAUACAUGCAGUCCUAAUCUUUAACAAGAAGGCCCAACCCAGAUUGGUCAAGUUUUACACACCAGUAGAACUCCCGCAGCAAAAACUGCUAAUACAGCAGGUUUAUGAACUGAUAUCCCAGAGAAACAGCGAGUUUCAGAGCUCUUUCUUGACAACCCCACCAUCUCUGGUCCACGCAGGCUCAGACGAGCUCAGCGAUGACCAAGAUAUUCAGGUCAUCUACAAAAAUUACGCAACAUUGUACUUCACAUUCAUUGUUGACGAUCAGGAAUCAGAGCUCGCCAUCCUGGACCUAAUUCAGACGUUUGUUGAAUCUCUUGAUCGAUGCUUUGCUGAAGUGAAUGAACUCGACCUUAUAUUUAACUGGCAGACUCUAGAGAGCGUCCUUGAGGAGAUCGUUCAAGGCGGUAUGGUUAUCGAAACCAGUGUGGCAAAAAUUGUUUCUGCGGUUGAUCAACUAAACCGGAGCUCCAGUGGGGAUAAUAGAGCUGGUAGGUUUGCAGGGGCUGGUUUAGGAAACGCACUUCAGAGUAUAGUUCAGGCUGGCUUCAGUGGCUGGGGCGCCAACCAAUAG